AUGAUAACGUUGGCAGCUGCAUUCUCCACAGCAGCUACUGACACGACAGCAGCAACAACAUCCGACGAAUCACACAACGACAACAAUCCGCUUCCUCCACUCCAUCUGGACCUCUCGGAUCAACAGUUCAAUGAUGACAACAACAAUAGCAACAAUAACAAUAUUCUGUUUCAUCAAGACGUGAUCCACGCGUGGCAGCAGGCACCAACCUUCGUGGAUCGUUUGGCCACUCUCCACUUGACUCACAACAAGAUAUCGGAUCAAGAGUUUCAAGCGCUGCUAGCACUGCUGUUUCGUCGCCGUACCAAUCAAAACCAACAACAACCGCGCUGGGCAUCGUCCAUUCAAGACUUGGAGGUGUCGGCGGACAAUUUGGCAGAACAAGGCAUUUUGCAGCUGGCCCAAAUCAUUCAAAACUAUCAACCCAACAAUCCUCGAAGUGUAUGGAAACGGUUGUGUCUUUGCGGAAACAUUUCUGCCGUGAUACAAGAGGCGGUCCUUCCUCCGUUGGCCAAAGCCAUGCAGUCAAAUGUCUUUUUGGAAGGAGUGAUUGUUGGCAAUAUCAGUGGGUCGGACUGGCCAAAGCAAUCCUCCGUUUCAUCGCCAAGACACGCCAUCAACUACUACACCAUGCUCAACAAGGGAGGAAGGAGAUGGAUUCUCCGCGGAAACGAGACAAAUGACACUGAACAGCACAGGAUACCCUUGGCUCUGUGGCCUCUGCUGUUGGAACGAAUCAAUCUUCACACGGACCUGUUUAGCAGGUACCAGGAAGAUCAAGAAAACGCCAGGAUCAAUGUGAUUCACAACCUUGUGGUGGCCUCCCAGGGAUUCCGUUGGGGUGAAAGACGUGGACUAGGGCAGAAAUGGCGGGAGGAAGAACUCACAGACAGAUUGGGAUAG